GAGUGUUGGAUCAAGCCUGGACCUGAGGACACCAGAGACCAUGGUGGAGAGUGUUGGAUCAAGCCUGGACCUGAGGACACCAGAGACCAUGGUGGAGAGUGUUGGAUCAAGUCUGGACCUGAGAAAAUGAUUCCUCAGAGCUGUAAGACUUGUGACCAUGUUGAGGACUCCACACACUGGCUUCAGAUUGAACCCUUGACUUCCACUGUCCAGGGAGUGACAAUGUUCAGACACAGGACACCCAAAGGGAGUUAUGAGUGCACAGUGUCUGGGCUCCGCUGGCUGUGUGAGAGAGAUGUCAUCCUGAAGUAUCACUUCAGGAACUGGGAACCCUACAGUCAACUUCUGAAAGACAUGCAGUACACACAAGGUGGUCCAUUGCUGGACAUCACUAUGGAGUUAGGUGAACUGGAGGAAGUUCAUCUGCCACACUUUGUCUGUUUAGGGACCAACCCUUCCCUGAGGAAUGAGAUGAAGAUUCUUCAUGUAGAGGAACAUGGAGUGUCUUUAGAGGAAGUGCAUGAGGUCACCAGAUUCCAUGCUAAGGUUCUCCAUCCCAAGUUCUCAGCUAUCUCUGUUAUACUGAGCUAUAUCUUUUCAUGGAACGUAGAUGUCCACUGUGACGUGGUCCUCUAUAUGGCAGUAAAAAGGUCAACAGUAAUUUCAAGGCUGUACCUGCUCCUCAGAAACUCCAGUCAGAAAGAGGCUGUUCAGGAACGGGAGAAAAAUCAGGUAUCCCAAGGAUAUUCAGAAUUUCUCCUGCCAAGUCCAAACGGGUCCUUAAAGCUGAACAGUUGGUUUGCGCUCAAGAAUCCCCACUCCACUUCCAUCUAUCCAGAGAAGAUUCAGCUGUUACCUGCAGACACCACACCAAGCUGUUGUCAGAUGAUUAUGGGAAACACAGGGGUUGACAUUGAGAUGGAGUUAAUCGGGGAUGAUGAGAGGACAGUAUGGAAAUCAGUGGUAUCAAAAGAUGUAUACAGCAAAGACUAUCAUCCAACAGGUGCUGUGUCGGGGGCAGGGCGUCCGGCUGAGAGCAGUCUGACUGGUCCUCCAGAGCUGCGUUCUGUACGGAGAGAGUUUGCGAAACGAGUAUCAGGACCUGUCCUGAAUGGACUGCUGGACGGACUCCUGCAACACACAGUCAUCAACCAGGAGGAAAUGGAGUCAGUGAAGGUGAUCGCUGAGAGGGCAGAGAAGGCACGUGACAUCAUCGACAUGGUGUUGAGAAAAGGAACUGAGUCAUGUUCCAGGAUGAUCAACCUUCUUGGGGAGCUGGACCCUUAUCUUUGUUCACAGCUUCAGAUCAACAGUGUUGGGGUACCAACCUAAUGGUAGAAUGGAUAGUAACAGUGUUGGGGUACCAACCUAAUGGUAGAAUGGAUAGUAACAGUGUUGGGGUACCAU